AUGGUUUCGGAUUAUGUUUCUAGCAUAAAGCUGGAGUACCGAAAGCUUCAAACUAAAAUCGAGAAAUUAGAAAAAGAGAAUCAUUUGCUUGCCGCAGAGCUAGGCUAUAGGGAGCCGAAUUUCUGUGGCAACAUUUUAGCAUUUGUAGAAAGCUUAUUCCUAAAUACGAAGUAUAGUGAUGUGCUGUUCAAAACACCUGAUGUACUGGUUCCGGGGCACAAAUUUGUCUUAGAUGCCAGGGGUGGGGUUUGGGAUAUUUAUACAGAGAAUGGUGUGGAAUAUAUUGACAUGCGAGGAUAUUGUCAGAGCGUAUGUGAAGCUUUGAUUUUGUGGGCUUAUAAAGGUGUUCUUGAGAAAUAUGAAGCAGAAUGCUUGUCCAAAUUGAUGGUACUUGCAAAAGAAUAUUGCUUACCGUCUUUAUUUUCACAGUGUGAAAUUGCUCUGAUUCCUCUAGUCACAAGAGAGAACUGUCUGUCACUUUAUUCAUCCUCAUAUGAUGUGAAGGCAUCUAAGCUUUUGGAUCACUGUUUUCUGUUUCUGUCAGGUGUUUGGCAAAACCUCUCAUCGGAAGAGAUUUCCACGAUUAAUGCACCUGUCCUCCAGUCUUUUCUUGAAAGAUACUCCAAGUUCCCCGUACAUUCUGCUAUUGAACUUGGGAGGGAUGACACCGUAAUGUCUUUGCUUGAAGGAAAUCCUGUCAAGGCAAGGUUGCUUGUAAAUCAGCUCAAUGAAAAUGGACUAUCUCCUCUGUUUAUGGCUUUACAAGCUAUGCAUUUUAAACUCGCUGAAAAACUGAUUGACUUAGGCGCCGAUAUAAAUGCUCUUAUUGGUCCUGUCGAUCAAAAACAACCUGUUGCCCAGUUUGCAUUUUCAAAUAAACUGUUCGAUGCUGUUCAAUUUCUCCUACUCCAUGGUUCUUGUUGCAACUUCAGCGAUCCAAUAUCAUCUCGCACACUGCUCCACAAACUCGCAGUAACUGAUUGUAAAGAGCUGUCUGACUCUGUUAUUGACAUCGCAAAAACGUUACUUAAACAAGACGUUAACAUUUCUUGUCAGGAUACAAACGGAAAUUCACCACUACAUUUAUCUAUUUUGCACAAUAACUCAGAUAUAUUUAAGCUGCUGCUUAGUUGUGCCAAGAAGCCUGAUUUAGACUUACCAAAUAAUCAAGGAUUGUGUCCAUUAUGGUUGGCGCUUGUAAGUCAGCUCAGUCCUUGGGAUUCAUUCAGCCCAGGUGUUUAUGGAUUUCACUCCGACGACCUAGCAACUCAUUCGUGCGAUUUUGCCAGUCUAUUAAUUGAAAAUGGCGCCAAUGUGAACUAUAGAUUCACUGAUGUUUGUCUUUCGAGUUUGAAGAGUUCAAUGUCUUCGAAGGUGCCACUUCCAGGUGAUACUUUGCUUAUGGCUGCUGCACGAAUUGGAUGGGAAUCAGCGGCUUUAUUUCUUCUUGAUCAUCCACAAUGUGAUCCUACUUUGGAGAAAGAAAUUGAUCCUAAUCGUUUACGUUAUUCCCAAGUUGUUGUACUAAAUGAAGACUGUGAAAUCUCCAAGAAAGUCACAUGUUUGGAAAAAGUCAGCGGAUCUAAAAUUGUAAAGUCACUGAAUCCCUUCGAUGAUGACUAUGAUAGUAACAUUGAUCCUGAUGUUGCUAGUAAUUCUGUCGAUAAUAUUUGUCAUUCGAAUUCUUCACAUGGAAUCAGUAACCCUACAAUUACUUCCCAACAAUUUUCACCAACGACUCCAUCAUCCAGUGUAAUUAUUGAUAAUACUGAAUUCACACAACAGUUGUACUGUAGUCCUUUACACUUAGCAGUCAAACAUAAAAUGUUUGAACUUGUUAAGUUUUACCUACAAGAAAAAGGUGAUGUAGAUUGGUCGUUAUUAAAUGAGUCCGGUGAAUCAGUUUUCAGUUUACUCCUGUGGUCAGAAGAAUUUCAACUGAUUACCAAUUUUCGUAAAUCAGAUGAAGGUAUAAAUUGGUUUCGAAAUCUUAUAUCGUCAAAAUGCAAUAAAUCUCUGUUAAUUGAAGCUAUUGAACGUGGCCAAUUAGAAGUGGUAAAGUUUUUGAUCAGUCAAGGCGCUGAUAUUGAUGAGAAGUUUUUCAUCGAAAAUAACUUUCGAACAUUCGUACAUCCUCUCUGGAUUGCAUUGAAAUUGCGAAAGUGGGAAAUAGCCAACUACUUAGUGGAUUGUGGAAUAGAUGUUAAUGCAUGGGCACUGUUUGAUCCAAAUGUAAAAAUCACUUUAUUACAUAGAGCUAUUUGUGAAAAUAAUGAGGAAGCUGCUAUAUUCCUUGUGAAACGAAAUUGUGAUGUCAAUGUAUGCCCACAAUUGGAUAAUUGUAAAUUAUCAUAUGAAACUACAAAUCAUUCGGAUUAUCUCAUGCCGUACUUAGCUCGAUCCCCUUUGCAUAUAGCUAUUUCAGUCGGAAUGUAUGAACUGGUUAAAGCACUUGUUAAUUGUAAUCGUGUACAUGUUAAUCAACAGGAUUAUAAUGGUGAAACUCCUUUACAUUUAGCUGUAAAAUCAAGAGAUGAAAAACUUGUUAAAUUAUUAAUUGAAACACCUCAAAUCGAUUGUAGUAUACGUGAUGCACAAGGUCAUACUGUAUUCCAUAUGGCUAUCGAUUCACGUCAACGUACAAUUGCAGAAAUUCUUAUUAAAAAAGAUCCCUCACUGGCUCUACAGGUGGAUAUUGCAGGAAGGAAUUUUCUACACACUGCGAUAGAAAAUAUGGAUCGUGAAGCCAUUUUCCUUCUGAUUCAAAUCGGUGUUGACAUGAAUGCUUGUGUACGUGAUGUACAUCGAUUGACACCCUUCCACUUAGCCAUAAAAACUGGUGUAGAUGAAGAUAUUUUGCGCAGUCUGCUUCUUGCAGGUGCAUCCAUUAGUUCUCAAACACCACAAAAGCAAUAUGGUCUGCAUCUAGCUGUAAUUUAUGAUAGACCUCAGCUAGUUCAUUGUUUACUAGAGAAUGGGGCAGAUGCAAAUGCUCAGGAUUCAGAGUGGAAUACGCCGGUACACCUAGCCGUUCGACAUGCCAAGAUGGAUUGCCUAGUGAAACUUCUCAAUCAUCCUGCCACAAAUUGUUGCAGUGUAAACAUCAGAGGUCAGUUACCGAUUCACUUGCUAGCACAACAUCAAGAUCCAGUCGGUGUUGAGAUGCUUCAAAAUUUAUUAGAAUUAUCAGUUACUAAUCAAAUUAAUGCUCAAGAUGCUGCCGGAAAUACUCCUCUUCUUUUAGCCUACCAAGCAGAAAAUAUACCACUUUGCAUAGCCCUACUUCAUGCUGGUGCAUCUUUGGGAACGAUGAAUGCUGAAGGGGAUACUGUGUUCACUUUAAAUAAGAAGAAGUGUAAAGUUUCAUCCCCUGGACGUGUUCUUUCACAGUUACUUGAUUCACUUAUUCAAGAACCUCGAUGGGAAGAUGGUUCUAUCUGUGUUGAAUGUUGUGUAAAAUUUGGAAUAACCAACAGGAAACAUCAUUGUCGUCACUGUGGACGUUUGUUAUGCUCUCAGUGUUCAGCUUUCGAAAUACCAAUUGUGAAUUUUGGUCUUGACUUCUAUUGA